AUGGCCAGCAAUGAGAUCGAGAGUCCCUUGACAUGGAGCUGGGCGGUUUUAUCGGGGGAAAACAUCUUUGACCCCGGUGUUCCGCGUGUGAACGGUUUGAGAGAAGAGGAAGAGCCCUCUUGGAAGACCCGGGCGGGGCCCAGGGCUGUGAGCGCCGCGGUGAGCCGAACCGGUCGCUCCACCCCCCCCCCCCACCCGCGUCUGACCGAGUGCUCGCAGACCCGGGACUGGUGGUUCUCGCUCCAGGACACGUCGGACGAGGAGCUCCCGCAGGAGGGCCCUGCUCGUCGGGCGCGGCACCCCCUGAGGCUGAGCCGGUGGAGCAGCGCCUCCUCCUCAGACGAGCUGCUCCUGACCCCGGGGGGGCCCUCGGGACGCGAGCCAGAGGAGCCCGACGCCCGCCCCAGGGAAGGAGGCUCCCCGCCCUCCCUCCUGGACCGGACCCAGGAGCUCAGCCCCUCCCAGGAAGGGCCGGCGCAGCCCGCGGAGUCCGAGGGGAGUGAAGAGGCCGCUGCAGAGGAAGACGCGGCCCCGCUGGUGGUCUUGGACCCGAGCCACCCCCUGAUGCUGAGAUUCCAGGCCGCCCUGAAGAGCUACCUGCACCGCCAGAUAGAGAAGCUGACGCUGGAGGUCCGCGAGCUGGGCAUGGCCACCAAGCGCAGCCGGGCCCAGCGGCAGGAGCUGGGGGUGGACCUCUACGGGGUGCAGCAGCACCUGGCGCGCCUGCAGAUGCAGCUGGAGAAGAGCCACGACCGCCACUCCAUCGCGGCGUGCGCCCGCCAGCAGCAGGAGGAGGAGCUGAAGCAGGCGCGGGCGCUCUACUCCAAGACCUGCGAGGCCACCAACGAGGAACACAGGAAGCUGGCGGCCCUGCACGCGGAGAUGGAGAACCUGUCCCUGAACGUCUUCUACAUGCAGAACGUGGACCGGGACAUGCAGGGCGACAUCCUCGUGAUGACACAGGUCGUGAAGAAGUCGGAGGCGGAGCGGGCGCGGGCCGAGCUGGAAAAGAAGCAGCAGGACCUGCACGUGGACCGACUCACCGCCAGGGCCCACCAGCUGGAGGAACAAAUCGCCCUGUUCGAGGCUCAGCACGUCGCCCAGGCCGAGGACACCCAGCUGCUGCGGAAGGCCGUGAGCGAGGCUGGGGCGGAGAUCGAUGCCAUCAGCAUUGAGAAGAGGCGGAUCCUGCAGCAGUGGGCAGCCUGCCUGGUGGGCAUGAAGUGCCGGGACGAUGCCCACCAGACCGUCCGGGAGGCGCUCAGCGAGUGCCGGCACCAGCUGAAGUCCCUGGACGCCGAGGUGGAAGCCUACAAGAAGUCCAUCGUGCUCGAGGAGGAGAAGAACGAGCGGCUGGCGGGCCUCCUGCACCGGGCGGAGACCGGCGCGGCGCUGACGCAGAAGCUGACCGCGCAGUGCCUGACCCGGCAGGAGGCGCUGCAGGGCCAGGUCAACACCUACCGGCUGGUGCUGCAGGACACAGAGGACGCGCUGGGCCGCGCCCACACAGAGCAGGAGGCGGCCAUGGCCGAGCUGCAGGCGGCCCGCCAGGCCAUCCGGCAGGAGCUGGACGUGCGCCGGAAGCUGGACACCUGCAUCCUGGAGAAGCUGCAGGAGCAGAUGACCUCCAACAAGAUGACCAAGUACUUCCACCAGCUCAUCCUGAAGCUGCGGAAGGAGAAGACCAACCUGGUGACGCAUCUUUCCAAAAUCGACGGCGACAUCGCCCAGGCCACGCUGGACAUCACGAACGCGGCCUGCCGGCUGGAGGCCCACCGGGCGGCGCUGGCCGAGCUGGAUGCCGAGGUGAAGAGGGUGGGCGAGCUCAUCAGCACCAGCGAGAGCGAGGUGUGCCGGCGCACGACGCUCAUCGAGCGGAAGCAGAGCCUCAUCAAUGCGCUGAGCAAGGAGCUGGAGCAGAUGGUGUCGGAGCUGGGGGGCGAGGAGCUGGGGCCCCUGGAGCUGGAGAUGAAGAGGCUGCACCGGCAGCUGGACGAGCAGGGCACAGAGGUGGCGCGGGCCCAGGCCAGCUGGCUGCGGCUGCAGCAGGACAUGGUGAGGGCCACGCAGGAGCUCGAGGAGCAGCUGGCCUCCCUGCACCUGCUCCGGAAGGAGGUGCACAUCCUGGAGCGGAAGAAGCUGCGCGUGGAGAACAAGAUCGACCAGGAGAAGAAGGAGCAGAAGGACAUCGAGCGGCACCUGCGAGACCUGGACAACGACCUGCGGAAGCUCAACGUGCUGCUGAGCAAGAGCCGGAGCAGCUCCGAGGACCUGCAGCAGGAGCGCCUGGUGGCCGAGGGCGUCUUCGUGCAGGCGCUCAAGGCCUUGGAGCGGGAGACCCUCCAGAUGCAGGAGCGGCUGGACCAGCUGACGGAGGAGAAGGCGUCCAUCCUCAACAGCCUGGUGGAGGCCGAACACCAGAUCAUGCUCUGGGAGAAGAAGAUCCAGCUGGCCAAGGAGAUGCGCGCCUCGGUGAGCUCGGAGACGGGCCAGACGGAGAUCCGGGCCAUGAAGGCCGAGAUCCACAGGAUGCAGGUCAAGCACGCGCAGCUGCUGAAGCGGCAGGAGAGGAUGGUCCGCGACAUGGAGCUGGCCGUCACCCGCAGGGAGACCAUCGCCACCCAGGCCGAGGGGCAGAGCAAGAGGGACAAGAAGCUGCUCACCCGCACGGACUUCUACCACAAGCAGGCAGAGCUGCGGCGGAAGAUCAGGGACCUUCACAAAGCCACCGAGGUGUGCAGCAACAACGUCCUGGAGCUGGAGGAAACCCAGAAACGCAUGAGCGACUCUCUCGUGGAGAAGCAGGCGCAGCUGACGGCCGUGCAGACGCAGACCGAGGAGCUCGAAGCCGACCUGCAGCGGCUCACCGCCCUCAAGCGGCAGAGACUCUCCGAGCUGGUGGCCCUGCAGACACGCCUGAGGCACCUGCAGGCCGCGAGGGAGGGCAGGUACGUGUUCCUGUUCCGCUCCAAGCAGCCGCUGCUGGAGGAGCGCCGGCGCCUGGAGGACCGGCUGGCCGCCAUCGGCACCAUCCUCGCCCGCGUGCAGGAGGAGCACCCCCAGUUCCGGAAGGCCCUGCUCAAGCUCACGGAGACCGUGGCCGGCAAGCUGGGCGCCCUCAGGCCCUCCCUCUAGGAGGCAGCCGGACCUGCGCCUCCCAGGCCGGCCCCCGGGGGAGAGGCAGUGAUUUCGCGUGUCACCGGGGGCCACAGGAUCUCUUUGUGUCGUGACAGCCACGUCCACCCUCGGAGAGUGACACUGAUUAGAGACAUGCACAGGCCAGCCCUGCAGGAAUGUUCCCCACCACCCACCGGACUAAACCAAGUCAGACCCCAGCGUUCCCAGUCCCCCCUUCCCUUCGCCAAGGCAGCGCCUGCGGACCAAACCCUGCUCCCAGGCUGCACGGGCCCCCCCGAGCGAGACCUGGGUCUGGGGGCUCCCGCUUCUGCGCGUGGAGGGCUCGCAUGGGCGCUGGACUUCCUGCUCACCUGGGCUGGCUCCUGCUCUGUCCAGUGGGGCGCAUCGGCAAACCCACCUUCUCAUCCGAAGCUUGCCCGCUGCCACCUCCCAGGGAACUUGGGUCCCUUCUCCUGCCCCCACUCCCGGCCAGGGUUAAACCCCGAGUCUCAGCUCAGGGGACAAAGUGCAGGGGCUGUGACCACCCGGCGCUGUUUACAGAGACCUAGUGACUGCAGUGAGCCCUCGCACAGUGGGUGCACACUCAGACCCCCCCGGCUCUGCUUGCUGGUCCCGCCUUCGUCGUCACCCGAGUGUCCUUGUCCCACACCCAGUUCCUGAGCAACUGUUGGUACCUGUGUCCUCUCUGUAGCGUCAAGGGAACACAGUCUACAAAAUAAU